ACAUUAAAUUACUAGUAAUUAUUUCUAAGCGAAAAUGCAAAAACUCUACUAAAUUUAACAAGGUUCAAAGGGAAUGUUGUGAUGGAACGGGGACUAAAACUUGGAAAAUGUAUUCUCCUGAACACAUUGCAUUUGCCAGUCGCUGUGAAUCGCCACAGCCUUAUCUUAGCCCGCUACGCCUCCGCAUGGCAUGUCCCUUCCAACUCAACAAAGAAGAUACAUUUUCAAACAAAUUUUAAUCAAAAUUCGACUCAAUUUCAUUCCCUUGAACCUAUAAAACCCCGAAACGUCGACUCAAAACUACCAUAUUUAUCUAAACUUUCCAAAUUUGACCUAGUCAAUGGCUUCCCGAAGACAAUAUUUUUCAACAGAAAGCCUAAAGAUAGGAAGCCUAAGAAGAGAAUACCUAAACUAAUAUUAUUACAAAACCCAUUUACAUGGUUAAUGACGAAAAUAGAUUUUCGGGUGCUCCGAACUAUCUGGGAUCCGUCAUUUAGAGAAAAAGAUUUCAAGAUUGGCACGAAACAGGCCAUUUCUCGCGUAACCCACGUGAUCAGUGACGGCCAAUACUCCGAGCUCAAUGGUCUGCUGACGAAGCCCGCGCGAUCCAGCCUCAUGCGUGAGCUGGAGCGGAACUGGAACGAUCGCCAGCGCUCCCUGCUGGCCUUGAGGCCUAGCGAUAUACAGAUCAGCGCGCCUAGGAAGGUCUACUUUAUCAGGAUAGCAGAUAAAAAAUACUGUGACGUGGACAUGGCUUUCCUGGCGCUCAAGUGGGUCCCGAUCAACCACAUCGACGCUCUGAUCUUCGCCGAGGUCUUCGCCAGGUUCCACCGGGAGUACACCCCGCAUUGUAUCCCGGAGUGGACCAUCGCGUACUUUAAGGUCACCAGGUUCCAGGUCUUACGACGGCAAUAGAUCCUUGGAUGUUAAAA